AUGAACGCAGUGGCUAACAUCGCUUUUUCAAUGAUCAGCUCCGAUGCCGACUCGGAUGUGUUAGCCGACUAUGUCCUGGCGCUAGUCAGGACUGACGCGCCAGACGACGAAAACAAGAGAAACUCUGUGGAAAACCUGGAGGAUUUCCUGCGCGAACACACGCAACCCUUCGUCAAUGAACUCUUUACAAAAUUCGGCCCCAAGCCAGCCCCUCCUACACCUCAGCAAAAACAGCCAACCUCGAAUCCCGCUCUCGGUACACCAUCACAAGCUCCUGCGAACGCUCCAAGUGGCCCAAAGGGUGCGCCGACUCCCGGAAGUGGUCGCAAACGAACAUUCAAUGAUGGAUUCCAAGGCGAGUCGGAGCAGGAUAAUGCCGCGUUCCAGAACCGGGCUAUGAAGACCCCACGAAGGGGUGGGCGCGGGGGUGCUCGUGGUGACUUCGGUGGACAUCAGAUGUAUGGCAUGCACCCCGGUCAGCAAUACGGGCAACAGCAGUACCCGCAACAACAGUACCCGCAGCAGCAGGGGCAAGGGUUCCCCAUGAUGGGUGGAUUCCCUCAAUUUGACCCCAAUGAUCCCAUGGCAGCUAUGAUGUCCAUGCAGGGCAUGGGCUUCCCUGGUAUGCCUAUGCCGGGAAUGCCUGGAGCCCCAGGCGAGGAACAGAUCCCUAAAAGCAACCAGCGCUGCCCAUUCUAUGAUACACAAGGCAUUUGCUACCUGGGUAACACAUGUCCCUACCAGCACGGCGAGGGUGGUGCUUCAAAUGGUGACGAAUAUGACCCUAAGACUGCCGGUUUCAACCCUCGGGGUGGUGCUUUUUCACGAGGCGACCGAGGACGUGGUCGUGGCCGUGGAUUUGGCGCACGAGGACGUGGUGGUCGUUCCGAUUUCUCGUCUGCUGGUCCGAACGAGGAUCAGUCUGUGACGACUAUCGUAGUCGAGCAGAUUCCCGAAGAGCAUUUCAGCGAGGAGUCUGUCCGUGGCUUCUUCUCCGAGUUUGGUAACAUCACCGAGGUAUCUUUGCAGCCUCACAAAAAGUUGGCAUUGGUCAAAUACGAUACUUUCCCUGAGGCCAAGGCUGCGUGGUCCAGCCCCAAGGUUAUCUUCGAUAACCGGUUCGUGAAGGUCUACUGGUACAAGCCGGAACCAGAGGCACAGGCCAGUAGCCUUCGCCCGGAGGCCCCAGCCUUCAAUCCCGAGGAAUUCCAAAGGCAACAAGAAGAAGCCCAAAAGGCCCAUGAAGAAAAAAUGAAGAAGCGUCAGGAAACCGAAGCUGCAAAGCAGGCACUUGAACGCCAACGCGAUGAGCUUCUCAAGAAACAGCAAGAUGAGCGUAACCGUCUCCUGCAGCGACUAGGCGGAGCAGACUCCAGCGCCGCCGUUGGAGACGCCAUGGCCGUCGAGCCUGUUGUCGAUGAUAACGCCAGCGAAGAAACAAAGCAGCUGCGAGCUCAACUCGCUGCCCUUGAAGCCGAGGCGAAGAGCAUGGGUCUCGACCCUGAGGCCGAUCCUUCCGCUGGAGGACGCGGAGGCUACCGAGGACGAGGUGGGUACCGCGGCCGAGGUGCAUUCCGUGGACGUGGCGGUUACGACCCCAAUUUCCGUGGCCGUGGACGUGGCGGAUUCAGCGCUCGCGGACGAGGAGGCGUUCUUCGUCUGGACAACCGUCCUCGUCGGGUUGCCGUCUCAGGCGUUGACCUCCACUCAGAGAAGGAUGAGGCAUUGCGUCAGCACUUGAUGGGCGUUGGUGAAUAUGAAUCUAUUGAGGCACACCCUGACCAGCCCAACUCUGUUGUCGUGGCAUUCAAAGAGCGUUUCCAGGCCGAGAAGCUCAUGUUCUCUCCCUGGAACAUCCCCUCUGUGGGAGAUGUCCAGCUCACAUGGGUGGCCAAUCCUCCCAUCACCUUCCCUCCUACAGAAAGCAAGGGUCACGACGAGCCAGAAGAUACAGUCAUGUCGUCGGCGCCAACACCAGCCCCGGAGGUCAACGCUCCCGCACGGGAUAUGGACUAUGACGUUGCGGAGGACGACAGUUGGGGUGCGCAGCCAUAA